AUUUCAUUGAAAUUAUCAAAUAGAAACUGAAAGACGCCGCAGUUGAUAAAUAACAAACGGUGUUUUAACUUUUAUUCAUGUUGUAAUAACCAGGAUAAUUAUUCAAUUACUUUAUUAAUGUGUGAUUAAGUAUAUAAACAUGACUGCCAAUAACGAAUAUCCGAAGGCUUCAAAUGCUACGUUGAUAGGAGCAACAAUAACCUAUGUCGCGGGAUUGUUUUUGCUCUUAUCCUUCGCUGGACCAUACUGGAUAGAGUCCUAUCCAGAAAUGUUUUCAUCUUUUAAACACAUGGGCUUGUGGGAAUACUGUUUCGAUCGUUUUCGCUUCCCAUCCUACCAAUUCGACAAGUUAUUCCAUGGAUGUCAUUAUAUCUUCAGUGAAGAGUACUAUGUCAUCCGUGAAUGGCUAUUACCUGGCUGGUUGAUGGCAGUGCAGGCAUUUGUAACCCUGGCAUUUAUUCUGUCAUUCUCAGCUCAAGUUCUGUUAGCCUGUGUGAUUAUAAGACUGCCACUCCGGCCUGUAUUAAGAUAUGAAUGGAUUUAUGUCUCAUCUGCUUUUGUUAUGAUUGCUGUAUCAAGUGCCUUCCUGUUCUUAGCUGUGGUAAUAUUUGGAGCAAACUGCUAUCGCCGUGACUGGCUUAUGUACCCAGCAUUCAAUGUUCUAUCAUGGUCAUACGCAUUUGCUGUUAUUGCAUUCAUUUUAUUCGGUGUUGCAGCAGUGUUGCUCUUCUUAGAGUCUCGCAAAUUAUAUGAGCUGCGUUUAGAAGCUAAAAAUUUAGUUGGACAAAUGCAGCACAGCCAACCUGAGCAUGCCUUGCACCAACUGCGUGGUCAGCUACAACAGCAGCAGAUUGGUUUUUAUAGAAGUUAGAUUUUUGACAAAUUCCUGAGGGCAUUAAGUAACUGUUUUCUACUACACUGUGGCACGUAAAAUGCUUGAAAAAUCGUUGUGAUUGAUAUAUUUUUUUAUAUUCUUAUGCAAAGAUUAGCUUAACCACUUUACAAGUAAUUUGUCUGUUUGCCCUCUUGAAUAAAAUAGCACAAAUAGUUUUACAUUUCCCUUUUUAUUAAGAAAAAUCCCAAUAAAAAGUUUGCCAUCUAAAAGUGGCGUUAUCACUUAUUAGUUUGAAGAUAACUUUGAAGAUUUUCUCUCUAAAAAUGACCAAUAAUAUUAUUGAUAUGAUAGUGUCAUAAUUGAUAAAGCCAACUUCAAUUGACCUAUUUAAUGUUUCAAAAUGAACUUAUCUUUCUCACAAAUUUAUCCGUCCAAAUGAUCUGAAAAUUUGUAUUCUCUUUUAUUGUUUUAGCAAAUUGACUAUGAAUGAAUCGACAUAAUAUUUCUAGUAAUUGCAUUUAAUGUUUUCUUUUUUUUAUAUACAAGUGUAUUAUGUUUAGUUUUAGCAAUUAUAACAAUUGUUACGUAGAAAAUAGUGCAAGGUUUUUACACCAGUAGUUUGUAGGUAUUUGAAAUUAAGUUUGUCACUAAGAAAUAGACUAGGAUAUAAUCUAGACUAAAUCCGUCCGAUUAAGGUACAAAUACCUGUAUUUUAUUUUUUAAAUAUGAUGUAACCUGUAUUAUGGGAUGAAAUAAAAAUAUUUUUAAUAAA